AUGUUCGCCGGCAGGCCCCGCUCGGACACGCCAGUAAUCCCCAUGGGGGCCGUGCCCCCGCAGUACCAGCUCGCGGGCGCCCCGCCGCCGGAGGCGGCCCAGGACUUCGCCAGGCUCAAGUAUGCCGUCUUAGCCAUGGGCGGCACCACUGCUGGGCGGUUCAUCUUCAGCAUACCAGCCGGCCUCCUCCCAGGUGACUUUAUGAACGUCUUGGGGAUAGUGUUUGCGUUCUGUAUAGGAUCGUAUCUUCAACCGAGGACGAGCACCUCAAGCGCGUGUAUGACUGCCUCGCCUCGUCCAUAG